UUUGGGCGACCAUGGCAUCCAACAGCCUCUUUAGUUCUGUGACCCCAUGUCAGCAGAACUUCUUCUGGGAUCCCAGCGCCGGCCGGAGGUUCAGUCCGCCGGUGUCGGUGAAGAUGAAUGAUGUGAACCCGAGCGCAGGACAGCAGCAGCAGCAGCAGCAGCAGGACAGCGCGGUGGUGCCAAUACUCCGCGCGCAAGAGAACCGCUCCAUGGCCGAGAUCAUCGCCGACCACCCCGCCGAACUGGUCCGGACCGACAGUCCGAACUUUCUCUGCUCGGUUUUGCCUUCUCAUUGGAGGUGUAAUAAAACGCUACCGGUUGCGUUUAAGGUGGUGGCCCUGGGAGAGGUUUCUGAUGGGACGGUGGUCACAGUAAUGGCUGGGAAUGAUGAGAAUUAUUCAGCUGAGCUCAGGAAUGCCUCAGGUGUUAUGAAGAACCAGGUUGCCCGCUUCAACGACCUGCGCUUUGUGGGCCGAAGCGGAAGAGGCGAGUCCAUAUUUUGCAGUAUGUUGAUUGCAGGGCACAGGCCGAAGUUGGAUGACUCGCCGAAGGCUGGUCUGUUCUCUGACCGUCUCAGUGAACUGGAGCGCAUCCGGCAGACCACCAUGCGGGUUACUGUGCCAACACAAACGCCACGGCCCUCACUUAGCAGCCCCAACUCCUUCACACCUCAGGGGCAGACUCAGAUUACAGAUCCACGCCAGGCUCAGUCUUCCCCACCUUGGUCAUAUGACCAGGCGUACCCGUCGUACCUGAGUCCCAUGGCCUCCCCGUCUGUGCACUCCACCACCCCGCUCUCGUCCAGCCGGGCCACGGGGCUGCCCUCCAUCAGCGAUGUGCCCAGACGCCUCCCAGGUUCGACAGAUUUGAGUCCCUUUCCUGGCCAGUUUGAGCGUCAGUUCCCCGCUUUCUCCUCACUCACCGAGAGCCGAUUUUCCAGUCCCAGAAUGCACUACCCGGCCACCUUCACAUACACGCCCACCCCCGUCACCACCGGCAUGUCACUCGGCAGCGCUCACUACCACACCUACCUUCCCCCGCCGUACCCCGGCUCCACCCAGAGCCAAAGCGGACCCUUCCAGAGCAGCAGCACACCUUAUCUCUACUACGGCGCUUCCUCGGGCUCCUACCAGUUCUCUAUGGUUCCAGGAGGAGACCGAUCGCCCACCCGGAUGAUGCCGCCUUGUACAAGCGCAUCCACGGGAACCAGCCUGGUCAACCCCAACCUCCCGGUCCAGGCCGAUGGAGGUGGGGGGGUGGAGGCAGACGGAAGUCAUAGCAACUCCCCCACUCUUCUCAAUCCUGCUGGUAGAAUGGACGAAGGCGUGUGGCGGCCAUAUUGAACGGACAAUUACGUAAACGUGGAACCUUCAAACAAACAGCAUGGUUUUAAAGCACAAACCUUACUAGGAUGUUUCAUCCUGUCUCGCUGAGCUACUUUCCCUCGCUAACAUGAGUAUAUUUAUGAGCCUGUUGAAAGGGAAGUAUUUUUUACAUUGGACUUUGUUGUUGUAAUACAUUAUUCUGGACCUUUCGACCUCUGGGAUUCAUUGUCAUAGGCAGGAUUAUUUGGAAUUGAAGGAAUAGAGAUGGAUCAAGUGUUUCAUU